ACUGGAGGUAGAAAGCUUGUUCUAGCUAUACUUCCCAUGGAUAUGCCUUCAGAUCUCUAGAGGAUGGUUUAUCCAUCAGAGGGAAAGCAGUGCCAAAUGUGUCCUGAUCCGUCUGAGCCUCCCUGCCUCUCUGUACCAAGUCGUGUGUGUGAUCCUUUAGAUAUUACUGGAAUGUGAAUGCAGAGAAAAAUGUGCUUUUCCAACAACUCAGUCGUGGAUAUUUAAUCAGACGUUGGUUUGUAGAGAUGCUACAACAUGACUUCAUCUGGGAAUGAGAUAGAAAGAUGGACUCGGAGGCAGGGUGGCAGAGCUGGAGAGCUGGUGGAGCCUCUGAUCUCUCCUGAAAGCAGCAAUGGUCUUCCACCAGUGAAGUUGGUUGGCAGUGUAGAGCAUCUCCUGCAGCUCCCUGGAAGAGUGGACUCUGCUUACAGCUCUUUCUCAGGGGGAUCAAAUGCUCCAGAAUAUCCCAGCCCAUCGUGCUAUGGUGAAAACUGCUGUUGGCCUCCAGAGCAGGUACCAUACAUGGACUCAGAGUAUGUAAGAGGUAUUUAUAAUCUCAGUGCAGCAAACUCUGACCUUGGGUGCCUGCAUCCCUGCACAGCACCAGACCUGAGCAGCCAUAACUCUCACAGCAGCAGUCUCGCUGGGCGCUGUGGAAGCACUCCUUCCCGAGGGACAUCACAGCAGGCGCCUCCUCCUCUGGCAGCACCUCCACCUUCUCCUCCCAUGCGACUCGAUAGCUAUAAAGUCACCAGACACCUGGAAAACUCAAGAGGAAGACACAGCUCUGGAAGUCACAGUGACUGUAGUGUGCAGCCAGCUCCUCGCGUGCAGGACAAUCAGCUGGUGGAUAGGGAUGUACCACGGGGCUGGCACAGGGAUGAAGUUGCAGAGCAAGAUACAGUGGCUGCUAGGGAAAACACUCUGGAAAACAAGGGCCUUUCCUCUGAUUCUGCAAAUGAGGUAUCUGUGUCCAAAAUUCAGGGGUCAAAGAUGGAGGAAAAUGGAGAUAGGAACCCAUCCCAACAGCCUGUGAAGAGAAGCAAUCCACACGUUUUCAGCAGACCUUCUUCAUUCAUUUUUCAGGAAUAUUUAAAGACUGACUCUGUGGCCAAUAUCCCCAAAAUACUUUCUGCUUACAAUUCAGUUCAUGCUUAUGCAGCUCCUGAAGAGAAGAGCUCCAAGUCCUAUCACCCAGUGCAUACCCACCCUAACACUGUUAAUGAUACACAAGAAGACAAACAGUGUCCCUGCAGUGUACGUCAGCCAGCUCUCAGAGGAGACGUGCAGAGCUCAGUGCCAGAGCCCGGCCAAGGAAGAGGAUCCGUGCCCUGCCCUCCGUGCCCGCUCCGCACCGAGCUGCGUUCAGAUGUGGAUCAAGGUGGGUUUGAGGGCAGUUGUGACUUCAGAUAUAAGGAGAAUGCUUCCAGGAAGCUGAAUGGCUGUACAGACAAAAGUCAAUGCAGUGACUCUGAAGGAAAAUUUGGGAAUGAUGUCAGGGAACUACUCCUGAAUGAGCAAGCCAAAAUGCAGAGGUCAGCACUGUCCUGCAGCUACAGUCCUGCCGAAGCGGAGCCUCCGUGCUGUGAGGAGUGGGAUCGGGGAGAUAGGCAAUGCCCUGGUAAUACUGGCCAAAUGCCUUUUAUCAGACCAAAGGAAGAGUCCACAGCUCAUUUUUUACAUGAAGCUAAGAAAGAAAAAGCGGCCAAAACCAGCAGUCCUGACCUUAGCACAUGUCUGGAACAAGAGGAACCUCCCGUUCAGAAAUGCCAGCCUGAAUUUCAAAAGCAGCUCUUGAGGCAGCCUCGGGAUGAUCUUGCUGGUGAACAAAUAACCAGACAGACAACUCCCAUCCUCUACUAUCUAUCUGGGGGGAAAACCACUGAUAUCCUGAACCACAACAAGCUCUCCCAAUGUCAAGGGGACUCGAGGAGCUCACCGAAGGAAUCUCCACCAAGCAGCCACUCAACACGGUGUCCAGAGCUGCAAAGGGAAAGCAAUCAGCCUCGAAGCACCAACCACCAGCACCAUCAGUGCAGUGCUGAUGAUCUGCUUGAGACUGAAGAUCUCAUUCGCAUGGAUGAGAGUUUCAAGAAUGACUAUAGAGAGAAACUUAAAGUGGCUCAGAAGAAGGUUCUGAGAGAAACCUCCUUUAAAAGAAAAGACUUGCAGAUGAGUUUGCCAGUUAGAAUGAGGCAUAAACCCACUAAAAGGCCAUCAGUUGAAUACCUUAGGUCCUUCUCGUUAUCCAGUGCUAGUGAGGAUGCUAAGCCUGUUCCUUGUUCCCCUUCUCAUCUAGAAUCCUUGGACUGUUUCAGUGGAGAUGAAGAAAUUAAGAAGCCACAAACAGGUCGAAUGGGGGGAAGAAAAAGGGUAACCGAAGAGCAGAAGAACCUGUGUUAUUCUGAACCUGAGAAACUCAAUCAGCUGGCAGAGAAGGAAGUGUCAUGGAGUCAAGUCAGGGAUGAAAUCACUGAGCAAGGUACAGGGGCAGCGAGGAGAAAGACUCUGGAGAGCAGAGGGAGGGCACUUUCCAGUUCAAGUAUCUCCAGGACAGAGCUGAAACAGAUCCAGCAUACUGCACUUAUCCAGUACAUGGAACGGAAGAUCAACCAGAGACCAGGUAGUUCACAGCACCUCCCGCUGCAUAAGCCACCCCUGGAGAAGAGGCCAUCACAUCCCAAAUGGCCUCCUGGCAAGACUUCCAAUCCCAACGGGAGCAGGAAGAUGCAGAACGAUGAGGUUUUCUGCCAAGUUUUCCCUAAAGAGAAAUCACCGGAUGUUGUUCCUCCUUUGGCUUUUGUUCCCCCGCUGAGCAUGAGCAGCAGGUACGAUCCCAGCACUGCUGGUACAGACACCUCAAAGCACGACCCACCACCCAACGAAGCGGACAGGGACCACCCCAGCAAGUGUGCAUUGGCUGAGAGCCUCCUGCAGGAGGGUGAUCCACCCGGGAGAGCUUGGGAGAGAUCGAAAUCCACUCCUCCUUCCACACAGGACACUCAUGGACUAGUGGCACCAUCCCGGCGCUGUGAGAGCAAUCUUGGCACCUCCAGUUGCCAUGAUCCUGAGAAAGGUGGAUGUGAGAAUUAUGAACAUAAAGACAAUGACAUAAGCGGACGUGCGUGUUGUCAGGGUACCAAGGAGCUGACUCCUGAAGCCUCUAUUCCCAUCCCAGGGAGCAGAAGCAGGGAAGAUGCUCAAGCAGAGGAGGAAUGCAGCACUGAAUCUCUGAGCAGCAAUGCUUUAACAAAGUGUCUGGAACAGCAGCCUGCAGCUUCUCCAGAGCCGGUAAUGUGCUGCCACACAGUGUUAGCUCAGCCCCACCACGGAGACAGGAAUACAGCCAAAGGUUUCAUUGCAAAGGAGACAUCUGUGCACAACGGCCAAAGUGAUGCUCACCCCGAGAGAGAAACAAGUGUGCCCAAAAGGAGGCUGCAGUCUCCUGAAGACCAGCGAUACGAAGAACUUGCCAUGGACAUCAUUGCCAAAGACAGUUCUCUAGUGGAUAUUCUCAUGCCUCACCCUGAUAGAAGAACUACUUUAGACCUGAUGGAGGGUCUGUUUCCUGUUAACAUUUCCAUGCUGGAUAAAUCACACAGGAAAAAGGGAGACAUACAGCACGUGGAGGAGAAUGAUAGCAGGAGAAGUAGCAGAGAUGCACCAGCAGAAUGUUCUGAACCUGAACACGAUGCCAAGCAAAGGAGUGAAGAUCCUGCCUCUGAGGGGAGCCAAGUCCUGGGCAGGGGCAGAGACAGCACAAAUGACCUGGAUGACAUCAUGUCUAAGAAACUGGAACUCAUGGCCAGGCUCCGGUCCAAGCUGCAGACCCUGUGUGGGGAAAGGGAGCUCGUCCUCUCCGAAGCCCGGGCGUGCGCCAUGCGAGGCGCGGAGCUGGAGGCCCUGGUGCGGGACGUCUGCAGGCACAACGAGUUUGAGCGCUACAUGAUGUUCAUCGGAGACCUGGAGAAGGUGGUGAGCCUCCUGCUCUGCUUGUCCAGCCGCCUGGCCCGCGUCCAGAACGCCAUGAGGAGGAUCAAUGGCAAUACGGAUGCUGAGGAGAAGCAAUCGCUCCACGAACGGCACAAGCUCUUGUCUAGACAGCGGGAAGAUGCAAAAGACCUGAAAGAGAACCUGGACCGCAGGGAGAGGGUGGUCUCUGGCAUCCUUGCCAAAUACCUGAGUGCCCAGCAGCUCCAGGACUACCGGUGCUUUGUUCAGGACAAGACCUCUUUGCUCAUUGAGCAGAAGGACCUCGAAGAGCAGAUUAAGUUUUUUGAAGAACAAUUAGAAAGUCUUGAGAAAAGCAUCCGACUGUAGCGCCCGCCACCAGCCCACCCGCUGUACCACCCUUUGUGACCUUCCCCUGCAAUCCCACAGGCUGGGCUGGGUGAACUCUUGCAAUCCUGGUAGUGCUGUGGUGCUGACAAGUGUUUAGAUGCUGCGGGGAUGCUCUGGGCACGCACUGGAUGCGCCUUCCCCUUGGACAGGCCAACUGCCAGCAGCAUGGAGCGUGUCGCAUUGGAAAUGACCGAUAGGAUGUUUGCUCCUAUUAACUUGGUGUGUAUUUCCCCUUUUUGUUGUCUGUCCAUCUGUUUCCAGAUUGACAUAAUCCCAAUAAAAGAACGGUACAAAUGUUUUCCCGCUGUGGGUGGGUUGAGUGAAAUGAAAAAUGCUGUGGGUGUUCCGAUUUGGAUUGGGGAAGGCACGAAGCCAUGGGGAAUGUUAUGGACCAUUUCAGUGAAACUCCUGCGCUCAUUUCUACUGUUUAUAUGUAUGACACAGUGAAAAUACACUGUAAUGGAAGAAAAUAAUUAUUUCCUUUCCUGGCAGCUGCCAUCCAUGAGUCUUUCCUGGCGCUGUGUAACCCUGGUAGGCUGUUCAGUCUUAGGAGUGGUCCUCAUGGACAUCAAAAAGAGCCGCUCAGUGUUGAAACCAGCUUAAAUGAGCACUUUGGGGAGUGAUAAACUCUGAAGUUAGUCCUGCAUAGCCAUUUGCCAAGUCCUCUUAUGCUUUCAAAGUGUUUAUUUUUCAAGCAGCACCUUCAGGGGUUUGGUUUUAGGUAGUUUUCAAUCGUCAGCAUGAACAAGAAGUGCUGAACGUGGGAAAGCUGCUGCUGUGAGGUAGGUGGGACGGGUGGAGGAGAUUAUUCUGUUUCAGUGAAGCUUUAUAUAAAUCCCUUGGCAAAAAUCUUUUAAACUAAUGUUGUGUGUUGAGUCAAACCAGUGAUGUUGCUGUAUUUAAAAUCUGAGUGUGGUUUUUUUGUUUGUUUCUAAGUAUUCAGUGAGGGGAUUAUUGUGUCUGAGCUACAUACCGAGACCAUGAAUAAGGCGGCUACUAAUCGAACUCGGGCUUCUCCCACAGACAGAAGAGAUGUUCAUUGUUCCAUGAUGUUAGGCUUUACCAAGAAAUGUUUUACCAGUGGCGUGGAAUGACCACUGAGAGAAGCUGUCCUGUUCCUGAGGCACCUUCUCCUUUGGGAGAGCUUUCAAUAAACACCUGGAAUGGGGAAUUGAUGUUAAGUUUAA